AAUGAUUUAUAUAUAAGAAGGAAUAAAUAAAGAAAUGAUAAUACAAAGAAUGGGCUCCAGGAGCAAAGGAAGUGUAUUUAACAGGUGAUUUUAACAAUUGGAAGAAAACUGAGUAUAGUUUAAAUUCAGAUACAUUUGGUAAUUGGGAGAUAUUUUUACCAAGAAAUGAAGAUGGUACAUAUAUGAUUAAUCAUGGUUCAAGAGUUAAAACAUAUAUAAAAAAUGGAAGAGAUGAAUAUGUAUAUAGGAUUCCAGCUUGGAUAAAAGUGACAUGGCAAAAUGAAGAGAAUAAAGUAUAAAUUAAUAAAAUAAAUUUAUAGAUGUUUGAUGGAGUAUUUUAUAAUCCAGAGAAUAGAUAUGAAUUUAAGAAUAAAAGACCAGAGAAAUUAAGAUCUUUAAAGAUAUAUGAAGUUCAUAUAGGAAUGGCAGGGAUUGAACCAAGAGUACAUAGUUUUAAUGAAUUUAGAGAGUAAGUAUUACCAAGAGUGGUCAAAUUAGGAUAUAAUGUGAUUUAAAUAAUGGCAAUAUAAGAACAUGCUUAUUAUGGUAGUUUUGGAUAUCAUGUUACUAAUUUCUUUGCUGUAAGUAGUAGAUUUGGUAGUCCAGAAGAUUUAAAAGAAUUAAUUGAUACAGCUCAUGGCUAUGGAAUACAUGUAUUAAUGGAUUUAGUACAUAGUCAUGCAUCUAGUAAUGUAUAAGAUGGAAUUAAUGAAUGGGAUGGAACAGAUUAUUAAUAUUUUCAUGGAGGAAUAAAAGGUAAUCAUAAAUAAUGGGAUUCAAAAGUAUUUGAUUAUUCUAAAUGGGAAGUAAGAAGAUUUUUAUUAUCAAAUUUAUCAUGGUGGAUGAAUGAGUAUUAAUUUGAUGGAUUUAGAUUUGAUGGUAUUACAUCUAUGUUAUACAUUCAUCAUGGUGAUGGACAUGGAUUUAAUGGAGGUUUACAUUAAUAUUUCAAUGAAUUAGUUGAUAUAGACUCUUUAGUUUAUUUGAUGUUAGCAAAUGAUUUGAUCCAUGAAUUAAAUCCUAAUGCAAUUACUAUAGCAGAAGAUGUAUCUGGAUAUCCAUCAUUAUGUAGAACUAUUAAAGAUGGUGGGAUUGGUUUUGAUUAUAGAAUGGCUAUGGCUAUACCAGAUAAAUGGAUUAAAUUACUUAAGGAAAUUAAGGACGAUGAUUGGAAUAUGGAAGAUAUUACCAAUACUCUUACUAAUAGAAGAUAUCUUGAGAAUUGUAUUACUUAUGUUGAAUCACAUGAUUAAGCAUUAGUUGGAGAUAAAACAUUAUCUAUGUGGCUAUUUGAUUAAGAAAUAUAUACUUAAAUGAGUAUUUCAUAAUCUGAUACCUUAAUUACAUUCAGAGCUAUGGCAUUACAUAAAAUGAUCAGAUUAAUAACAUUUGCUCUUGGAGGUGAAGGAUAUCUAACUUUUAUGGGUAAUGAAUUUGGACAUCCAGAAUGGAUUGAUUUCCCAAGAUAAGGAAAUUCAUGGUCUUAUUAACAUGCUACAAGAAGAUGGGAUUUAGCUGAUGAUUCCACUUUAAGAUACUCUUAAUUAUUAUCAUUUGAUAUUCAUAUGCUUCUAUUAGAAACAAAUUAUCCUUGGUUACCUCAUGGACAAUAAUGGGUCACUGAAAAACAUAAUGAUAUGAAAGUUAUUAUCUUCGAAAGAGCCUCAUUACUUUUUGUCUUUAAUUUUCAUCCUACUCAAGUAUCAAUUAUCUUUAUUAAAUAAGUCCUAUUAACAUUUUAAAGUUGGAACCAAAUUUAAUUCAGAUCAUUUCAUUGUUUUGGACACUGAUGAUAUUUAAUUUGGGGGACAUUCCAGACUUUCUCCUUCCUAUAACAAACCAUUCAAAUUAUUUUAAGAACACUGGUAAGGAAGACCUAAUCAUAUUCAAAUCUAUUUACCAAAUAGAUGUGCCAUUGUAUUCAAAUCAAAUGAAUGA